CAUCAUGUUUUCACAUCAAAGAAAAACAAUUCAUACAUGUUAUAAUAAUUGUCAUUUUGAAACCAAUACUGUAGUCAUUGACCAUAAUUAUGUACUGUGCAUUUGUGUUUGCAGAAGUUGUCAUCGAGCAAGAAGACUCGUGUCUGUGUCUUGAAGUGGAACAUGAUUUGGAUGUCACUGGAAAUGAAGUGCAGCCUAUACAUGUAGAAGAUGAUGAAGCUGAUGUACAAAAGACUGUACCUAAGAAGAAAUUUAAAAAUUCAAAUAUGAAAACAGGUAGUAUAGAGCUGCUACAACUGGAUAUGGAUGUCUGCAGUUUAGAAAAAGAAAAGCUAAUUGCAGAAACACUGAAAAUAAAAGCAGAAACACAAAAAAUAAAUGAAGAAUUAAAACUAAUUCUGUUGAAACAACAAUACUAUAAAAUGAAAAUUGACAGGGAACAGAGGCGAGACGCUGGCGAUAUUUUUUCAUUACAAGAUAUGGCCACUGGUAAUGAAUUGUAAACUUGCAUGCAUUCAUGAUGAUACAUGUGUUGGUUUGAACAACUUUUCAUUUUAAUAAAAAAAAAAAAAAAUUAAAUUUAAAAACCUCUCUGGAUAUUGCUUUAUAAAGACAUACAUGUACAUUCAACAUCACCAAUGUGUACCUUUUAUGAAAGUGAACAAUGACAUCUUAAGAAGAAACUAAACUUAGAAACUGUUGGUGUUAAUUUGAAAAUAACGUCUUGUCUCAGUUCCCUAUCCAUUUCAUAUUUAUAGCAUUGUUGUUGUUGUUAAUUAUUUCAGUCCCAUAUUGGUGCAACUGGAAGGUAUUAUAGGUUUUAUAUCCGUCCUGUCUGUCCAUCUGUACUACUUCAGAGUCCCUUUCAAUUUACAUA